UGAUUUGCUUAGAUAUCAACUUAUGAUCAAUGAUCAAUCCUCACCAUCAUAAUGUCCCGUGAUAUUUCUCCAUUAUUUACAUCACUCGUUUCAUCUAUAAGACCAACAAUUCCAGAAUUAUCACCCACUUUUGAAGAGAAGAGGAGAGAGAAAACUUCACCUACUGGUUAUGAAUUUUCUUUUCAGACACGUGCUGAAAGUCUUCAUUCAAGUCUUAAAGUUUUAUCAAAUUAUUUAAAACGUAUUCACCAACUAACAGCUGGUACAUUAGGUAAUUCAACUAAACAACGUUUACACGCUGAAUUAACUGAAAAUGUCACUGUUUUGAUUGAACAAUGUACUUUAUUGUUAGCACAAUUAAAAGAUCUAAUUCAUACUACAAAAGAUAUUAAUCAAAGCAAAACUUCAAUUCAGGAUGAUUCGAAUAUUAAUAAUAAUCAUAAAAAUCAACUUAUAUCACAUCGUUUAACAAUCCAUAAACUACUAAGUGAAGAAUUGGAUUCUUUGAAAAAGAUUCGUGAAAGUGAAAUUAGGAGACAACAACGUCUCAUCGAGUUUUCAGGCAAUCUUGCUACUGGUGUACGUUCUGUUGCCGCUUCUGGUGCAAAUGUUACUGCCUAUUUAAAGCGUUCCAACAAAUAUGACAACAGUGAUACAAAGUUAAGAAGACGUGGUAAUAAUAAGGAUAUUAAUAAAACUAAUGAUGUUUUAAACUAUCAUGAAUCUCGACAAGAAGAAAAUUUCACAGAAAAUGAAUUACGUACACUUGAAGUUGAAAAUCAAAUACUCUAUCAACAUUUUACGCAAGAGAAAGAUGAACUGCAUCAAGUAGCUAAAAAAAUCUCCGAAAUUGGUCACCUAAACCAAACACUAUCAGAACAUCUUAUGGAACAAUUAGAGACAACUGAAAAGAUAGCUGACUCAUCUGUAACUGCUACUGAAUAUAUUCGUCAGGGAAAUGAAUUACUUCGUGAAGCAAUCAAUUCUAAAGCAACUGUACAAUUUUGGAUGCUUUUUAUCCUUAUAAUCUUAACAUUUUCUCUACAUUUUCUUGAUUGGUUCUAUCCAUAA